AUGGUCACCGAAGCUGAUCUGAAACCAUGGCUUCGCCCGUCUCCAAAGCAGUACAUUCUCACCGACGCCAACGUCGUCGACGUCGCCAAGGGUACGAUCUUGCCUCAUAGAACCGUCCGAGUACGAGAUGGCCUCAUACACGCUAUCGACGACGCAGACAGCAUCUCGUUGUCCCUGGCACAGGAGGACGGCUACACUGUCAUUGACUGCGCGGGGCACUAUCUCAGCCCAGGACUGAUCGACUGCCACGUUCACCUCAUGGCCGUCCCAGGCUUCGGCGACCUUUCACAAGCCUUCGGAAACCCUCACGAUGUCUCACUGCUACGACAGCCAUACGUCUGUGCGCAGAUGCUCCACCGCGGGUUCACCUCCGUCCGGGAUUGCGGCGGCGCCCAGCUGGCCCUGAAAGAGGCCAUCGACGACGGCGUUUUCCCCGGACCCAGACUGUUCAUCGCAGGCCACGCGCUGUCGCAGUCAGGUGGCCACGCGGACUACCGCGGCCCACACGACCACAGCUUCUGUUGCGGGGGCGUGACCACAGGGCUGGGCAGGGUGUGCAACGGCGUGCCGCAGUGCAUGCAGGCCGUGCGCGAGGAGGUGCGGUGCGGGGCCGACUUUAUCAAGAUCAUGGGCAGCGGCGGCGUGUCCAGCCCGACUGACCGGAUCGACCAUCUGCAGUUCACUGCCGCCGAGAUCCGCGCCAUGGCCGAGUGCGCCUCGAACGCAGGGACGUAUCUUACAGCGCAUGCGUAUACGGCGAGAGCCAUCCGGCACUGUGUCGAGAACGGCGCCAGGGGCAUCGAGCACGGGAACUUUCUGGACGAGCCAACGGCGAAGAUGAUGGUGGACAAGGGCUGCUUCUUGACUCCGACCCUGGUUACGUACGCCGAGAUGGCGAGCCAGGAGUGGAAGGGCUAUCUGCCACCUGAGUCCAUAUCAAAGAACGAAGAGGUCCUGGAUGCCGGGCGCAAGGCGCUGAAGAUCGCUCACGAUGCUGGUGUGACCGUCUGCUUCGGCACAGACCUGCUGGGUCCCCUGGGCCAGGCGCAGACCCGGGAAUUCUCUCUGCGGGCACAGGUACUACCACCAUUGGAGGUGCUGCGAAGUGCCACUACGAAUGCUGCACGGCUGCUUAUGCGAGAGGACUCGUUGGGUCAGAUCAAAACAGGGUUCAAGGCCGAUCUCCUCAUUGUCACCUCAAACCCGCUCGAGGAUGUCACGGUGUUUGAUGACCCAGAGCGAAAUGUCGCAGUUGUGAUCAAGGAAGGUAGGAUAUGCAAGAGUCGAUGGAAGGCAUUAGAUGAAGACGUAAUGGGUCCGAUCAAGAUUAAGGCAUCAUUAUAGGCAGCAAAGAGGCCUUUGCGCUUGCUGAUUCACAAUAUGUUGUAACCUACUACGCAAACUAGUCAAAUUAUGGAGAUAACAUGCUGAAGG